AUGUCUUCUAAAUACGCCGCUCUCCCAGAUCUGGUAUGCGUUCAAAUACCUAUAAAAAGUGGAAAGGGCUCAACCAAACUUACAAUCCUUUUCUCGCCUAGGAUAUUUCACAGGAUGUAUACGAAACCCCAGACCUCGUAGAGGAUGUAUCCACCCUCCAGACAUCGACAAGUGCAGCGCAUUCCACCUCCGGCUCCGAGGGCGGUGGGGACGCGGACGGGCGUGGAAGCAUCAGCUAUGACCAUCUAAGACCUGCAGAUGCGAGGGGACGCUUCAAACAUACCGAGGUCGACGCAACGAGGGUUGACUUCUCGGAUCGUAUCAGCGGGAAGCGGAGAAGCUAUAGGGCUAGUUCUAGGAGGCGCAGGAGCAGGGCUGGAACGUACAAUGAGGAUGAAGAAUACGACGAAUAUGAGGACGAUGGUGUGCUUGGCGAGGAGACGUUGGGUAAACGAGUGGCCAGGCUGAGGAGGGAGGUUGAGGAGGUUAGGGAUGAAAUUGAGGCUAGGGAGCAAGAACUUGGAAACGGGGAGGAGGAGGGGGCGGUCCGGCAGGGAGUGAGCGAAGGGGAGAGGAGAGGGGUGGAUCAGGAGGAUGGGGAUAUUCUGGAUAUGGUAGAAUUCAGGUCGAGCAUUGUUGAGCUGAGCAGUGCUCUUGAGGGACUGCAGACCGUGAGUGGGGAGGAGAGGGGUGCUCAAGCUAAGCUGGCAAAGAAAUUGACUGCUGCUAUGAGUGUUAUUGCCUCAAAAACUCAAGAACAAGGUGGCGAGAAGGCGACAGUUGAUGUGAGAGUGAUUUUUUCUUAUUUUUAUCUAUAUAAAGAACCCGCUAACAGCUGUUCUACUAUAAGGCGCCCGAGAGCGCGCCUGCUACAGUAGCUGGUUCAACAGCAACAUAUACAGUAACCUAUGCCCCGGCCUUCAAGCAGUCCCACGCUCUGGCCAAGGCGGCAGACUUUGACAAGCGUCUAACCGUCCUCGAGAGGGUCCUCGGGAUGAGCGCAUCCCCCACCCUAGACACUGAUAAAGAACUCCCCAGCUCGGCCAUGAUCCCUACUCUCGACGAGCUCAGCCGACAAAUGUCGGUCCUGACAUCCUCCUCUACAUCAUCCCUUGACGCAGCCAACAAACGAGUAAAACAACUCAUCCUGGAAGCGGAAAAAUUAACGGAGGCCAGGAAAGCUGCUAAAGCCGCCGCCGAUGCUCGAAGGGAAGAAGCCGACCAACUAUCUCCAGAGGGUGGUGCUGCCCCAGUGGUGGACACGAGCGAACGAGAUGCCAAGAUAAAUGCACUUUAUGGCGCACUCCCCACGGUCGAGAAGCUCGGCCCGCUUCUGCCGGCUGUUCUCGAUCGCUUAAGGAGCCUCAGGACCAUCCAUGCUGACGCCGGAAAGGCGGUGGAAAGCCUGACUAAGCUGGAGAGGAGGCAAGAGGAGAUGGGCGGGGAGAUUGCGCGGUGGAGGGCUGCGCUGGAAAAAGUGGAGGUAACGGUCAAGGAGAGCGAGGGGACGAUACAGGGUAAUAUGGGCAAGGUUGAGGGGUGGGUCAAGGAAUUAGAAGAGAGGGUCCGGAUGGUGGAGGAGUUGGGCGAAAGGUAG